AGCAUUCACUAGCCGUCGCCUUCCUAUAACUGACACCCGCAGUAUAGAGCCCAGCGCUGCCGGCCUCCAACUCCUCUGCUUGAUGCUCCUUGCUUCUAAUACUGGGGGUCCGACACAAUCUCCCAGCCAUUGUUUCGACGUCAUUCUAAACGCACAUUUCACUGAGGCAGGCCUCGUUCCGGUGAUAAAACUCGCCUCUACGGAGCCCAAAGCUAGCUAUUUUAUUAUUGCCGGCCACAGCUCGUCAUAUAUCACAUAUAUUUUCUGCUCCCGGCACGAUGCAUAGAACAAUCGAGUCGCUCUUCGUGGUCUUGGCGUUACUCCUAGGCUCGGUUGUCUCCCUGGCUCCCUCGGACUCUGGUGCUAGCCCACCUGCCUCACCACACAAAGUACCAUUCCAGCUUCCCCACAACCUGAUCCCCGUCGCGGCCGGUUCUUUUCCCGGCAUUGCUCUUGUUGAACCGGCUUCGGGCCCGGUUUCGACCUCGGCCCCGUACACGGCUUCGCAUUCGGCGUCCCACUCGACUUCGCAUUCAGCCACGCAUGCGACUUCGCAUUCGGCUUCUUGUUCGACGUCACAUUCGACUUCGACUCCGAUUUUAACUUUGGCUUCGACUUUGGCUUCGACUUCGGCUUCGACUUCGGCUUCUGCUACGGCAACACCGACCUCGGCAGCUGGCACCGGUCGGCCUUCCAUACCUCUGUUUAUCAGCACUUCUCUUCUGGCCGCUUUUUUGUGGUACUACUGAGCGGGAUCUUCUUGGCUCUCGUGGAGAUGGCUAUGUAUGGCAGGAAGUGAAGAAAGCGCACGUGGGUAAGCCAGUUCUAUGAUAAACUAACAGUUUUGGCGAGAUCGGUUGUUUUUGGGGAAAUUGGAACCAACCUGGCCACUGACGCGGUGUAUUAUAGCAAUAUGUCCUGGGUAGGACCUGGGGCUAGGACUCAAGACUAAGGAACAAGGACUAAGGAUUACGGUACGAGUCAAGUCUUGGUUACAAUUUAAACAUCGGAUGCAGGAACUGAAGUCCGCUUCUCUCCAACCCUUGCUCAUACUAAUGCCUUGAUUGAGAGCCAACAUGUCAUGUAAAAAAUUGGAAUGACUAGUCUAACAUUGGUUGAUUUCGGAAAGGAAAUUCGUGUCGCCCCUAUGGUAUUAUGGGCUCUGUACCUCAUUGUAGGAAUCACCAGGGUACCGGUACUGGAAACAGCAUGGCGCGCUGCGCGCCGUAAGGUGGUGGUUCAAGUGAUG